CAUUCGCUCGCCACAGCUCCUCCGCCACAAUGUCUGUUUCAAGCCAGCACGAAGGUCUAUGUCUCAGAUAUCCCGAACCUUUGGGUCCGCAAGCCAAUGUAUCCUAUGAGGCCGCCGUCUCCAUGCUCAUGCGUGCCAUCCAACUCGCCCAACAUACACCUUUUGUGUGGGGAUACAUUGACAAACCGCAAGAGGGCCACAUAUAUCUCAUCUUCAUGACCCAACAGCUGCCGUUUCCUCCGGACGGAAUACGGUAUCAGGAUCAAGAGCAGAAGAUCAUCAUGCCGGCGGGCCCCGGAAGAGAACUAGAAGUCAUGGAGGUCAAGUUCGGUUUCGUCCCCAAUUCUUCUGAUACAACGGCCUGGAGAGUACGGAGACGCUACCGGAUGCACAAGGGCGGCCAUCCGCAACUUGUCCUCAUCCACUACGGCCGUGGGCAGCCAAUGCCCAUCAUGCCGAACCUUAACCAACCCGUCCGCAACUACCCACUUCGUCCCAUAAACGAGCCCGCGCUCUUCGUCAUGGGCGAGAAGAUUGGCCAGAAAGUCUACCCUAACCAACACUCGGGCCCUGCAGAGCGACCGGGUCCACCAGGGAUGGGUAUGAGUUUCGGGGGGAUAGGGAACCAGCAGGCUAUGCUCGCGCAGCAAAAUAACAACCUUGAGGCGCUGGAGCGGAGAAGUCAGCGAGAUCGCAGUGGGAGCAUGAAUGCUCGUGCACCACCACCAGCGCGAAUAGAAGACGACGACUCUGCAGAUGAGUCGGACAUGAUGUCCACUCGAACGCUCGCCCUGACGAGAUACAAACGGAAUCAUGAACUCAUGAACGAGGUGUUCAUGUAUGCUGCAUUCAGUCGCAAGAAGGAAUUCCCACCACCAAAGUCACCGUAUUCCGUCUUUGACAUAGCUAAUGUGGAAGCGAGAGUUGCAAAAAUGACGGCAGAGAUCGACGAACUCCGCUCCAAAGCGGAGGCGCGAAGAGAAGCGAGGUCGAAUGCAGAUGGAGCAGUCGGAGAUGAUCCGGGAGACGUCUCCAUGGAGGUUUCUGGGACCACAGAGGAAGUACCGACAUAACGCGACGAUAUCGUAUCGUGGCUCAAUUGUCGCUCCGCUGUCGUCUCUGCUUUCGUUUUCUGGUUUUUUACCCCUUGUGUGUGUCUCUCGUACACUAUCGAUGCGCAGUCGAGUGUCUGUCCUGCUUCCGCUUAGGCGAAAGUCGAUGCGUAGUGACGAGUCGCUGAGCGGAAUACCUUAUUGAAUGUCGAUGCACUGUCGCAGGAAAGUAGGCUCGGAUAGUGAUAAUGACCCGUGAGUGUAUCAAGCGCUG